GCAUGUAAAUUCCGUUUGAAAAACUCCCGGGAAAUCCGAGUUUCGCGGGAGGGCUCUUGAGCGCGUAAACCGUAUCCCUUCAUUCAUCAGGCCGUUUCCUGAAGCCAUUUCUAGACAGUGGAAACGAGAGUUGCGCUACUUUUUAAUCCGUUGCAUCUGCCUAAAUGCACUUAUACAGAGAAAAAUACUUGACAGAAGUCGAUGAAUCAGAUAUUCAUCUUCACUUUUGUCUGAUUAUUUUUGAAAUAAUCGUGACGGAUUAGCAGCCAGCAGGGCUCGAAAGUAGAUAGACAAGAAAGGGGUUACCCCGCAAACGCAAGAUGAGAAGAGGGAUCUCCUCGGCUCCGGACAAAGUGAUUUUAGCUGGGGUUGGGGGCUCUUCUCUGGACAGUAAUAUAAUUUUAACCACCCUUUCAGAUCGUUUGAACCCAGGACAGUCCAACGCUACUUAUAUCCAAAUUAUUACCGCCUCUCCGCCUUGUAACGUUACACAGACAUCGAAUGUGUGUUUAUCGGAGCCUCCAAUAAACAACAUUUACACAACUCCACAACAAGCUGCUGCAAACGGAUCCGGACAACGACCCACUCUGGGAAGACCGCCGGCAAAAAGGCGAUUGGCACUGGAUGAUUCGGAUCACCAGUACCAGUCAGAACCCACCAGAACUCCAAGAGGAAGAGGAGCAGCCACAGCCACCAAUGGAGCACGGCUAAAAACUCCCAGAAGUAAGAGGCAGAAAACAUCUUCAAGGAGACUUGUUAACAUCACUGCAUUUCCAGCGCCCAAAUCUCCACCAGAGAAGACACGGUACGACACCUCCCUGGGCCUGUUGACGAAGAAGUUUGUGGAGCUUCUGGCUCAGUCGUCUGAUGGUGUUCUGGACCUCAACCGUGCAGCUGACACCUUAAAGGUACAGAAAAGACGGCUGUAUGACAUCACCAAUGUUCUGGAGGGCAUUCACCUCAUCAAGAAGAAAUCAAAGAACAAUAUCCAGUGGAUGGGCUGUAGCCUCCUGGAGGUCGAAGGAGCGUUGAGCCAAAGACAGAGGCUGACUGCUGAAGUUUCUGCACUGGGAGAAGAGGAGCAGAAGCUGGAACAGCUGAUCCAAAGGUGCACUCUGGACAUGAGGAACAUGAGCGAAUCACCUAGCAAUCAGAAGUAUUCAUAUGUAACAUACCAAGACAUCAAGCAGCUGAAAACCCUCAAAGACCAGACUGUUAUUGUGGUCAAAGCGCCUACAGACACCAAACUAGAAGUUCCAGACCCAGAUAAGAGUUUGUCCAUUCACCUUACCAGCACCAAAGGUCCAAUAGAAGUUCUGCUGUGUCCUGAUGAGGACAAUGACCCUAGAAGUCCUGUUAAAAAUGGCAGUACAGACAUCAACGGAAACUCCCCGUUCCUAACAGUUCUGCAAGAUACCACCUGCACCACAACAUCCUCAAAUUCCUCUGUGGUUCCUCCUCCAACCUCCUCGUCCGUCUCUGUUACCACACUGUCACCAAUCUCCUACCCUUACACCAGUCUUCUCCAACAGACAGAAGACCAGAUGCCAUCAUCGUUGGGGCCAUUCUUAAACCUUGGCCCUCCUCUCCUCGACCAAGAAGACUACCUUCUAGGUCUGGAAAAUGAUCAGGGAAUAAGCGAUCUAUUUGAUGCCUAUGACUUUGAUAAAAUGCCCUCCUGCCUGGAUGACCUCCUCUGCAGCUAGCAGUAGCUAACUGGCGCUCAGACUGUGCAUGGGAGAAACAUUGUAUAUCAGAAGAGGAAUUUUGAUGCCUGCGACUGACUGCAGUUGGUAGAAACAAAUUUUAAAUCCAUGUGUGAGAGGAAUCGAGGGCCAUCUUUAGUCCCAGUGGGACUCAAUCAUGUGUUCAAAUGGCCUUCAAUGAUUUCACACGCAGAUGCAACUGGUCCGUGUGCAGACCACAUGGGUAAGUCCUCCUCUCAGGCCGUGUAAAACUUCAUCUCUAGCUGAGCGUCAGUGGGCAUCUGAAGAUGUUACAAUCUGAGAUGGAACAAGGGGUUUAAAAAUGUCAGCACUUGGUUUUGGCAUUUCUAGCUGUUCUCAUUAAUUUCAGUUUAGCAGGUCAUUCAAGGAGUGUGCAGAUGUGAUCAAGUCAAACUGUCACCAAGUGGGGCUUCAUGGGAGAAGGGAAAACGUUUGAGUGCGCUUGCUAGGACCUUAAUUCAUCAUUAUGAAUUAAUGAGUCAUUUAAACAAAAAAUAACAAAAAAAGCAAUGAUCAUUGGCUGUCCACUACUUAAGCUGAUUUUAGAAAGAAAAACAAAUAUAAAGUAAAUACAAAAAUUGGAUGUUUCUGGAUCCAUCAUCUAGACUACAGUGGUAGUUUACAGUGUAGUUAUGAUGCUGAAGCUUCAGCCAUUUUUCCCAUUUGUACUUCCAAUCUGUCAAUUACAAAGAAUGAUUUAACACCUUUUUUUGUGCUGUGAAAAAUGUUUUAGAUGUGGACGUAGAAACGAUUUGAUGGAUCCUUUAGUAGAAUUUUCAAAUUUAUACCUUUAAUUUACAAUGUGAACGAGCGUAUGAACCCCCAAAACAAUCCAUUUAUCCGGUCAAAUCUACAACUAACUUCUUGCAAUAAUAUUAAAAAUACAUAUACUUUGACCAUGUGGAAAAAUGACACAGUCAACUAGUGAAAAAACUGUUUUGCUGCUUUUUACUGUUUCCUGCCGUGAUCCUCUGAACUGCCGUUAAAAAAAGCAAAAAGUAUUUCUAUCCUCUUCAGUUUCUGUGUGCUGUGAAAUUAUCUGAUAUCUCAUAAGAAUUGUUGGACUUUGACCACUUGAUCAAUGCUGCUAAUUCAGUAUGAGCUGAAAGCAGUGUGAGAAAUGCGCUAGGUGAGCACGUCUGUUUUAGGUUUAGUAUGGACUGAAUUUUUAAAAGAUUUUAAUACUGUAGUCAUGACUAAUUGUGGUCACCUAGAACUGAAGAAGCAGCUCAACCCUACUAGAGACUGUAGCAUGUAAUGACCCGCUUGUGUUUAUAGUAGGGAAUUAAAAAAACGAAAAACUUUAAAAUAUAUUAAAAAAAAAGCCUUUAUUGUAACCAAGGAAUUUGAAUUCAGCUGUGUCUCAUGUAAUCAGUGUCGUUAAUAAUAAAAAAAAACAAAACAACUUAGACCUGAACAGUAAGGCUUUGGGAGGUAAUUUUUGUUCCAUAGAUACUAGAAACAACAGGACCUCGGCUGCUUUACCUUUUUCUAAAUAUCACGGACAACUGACUGGCCUGAGACGUGUAGCGUUGAAUCUAGGUCCGUGGUUUCCAAACUUUUUCUGCACCUCCCCCCAUUUGUAGAUGGGACCAUUGUCAAGCUGCCUCCCCCGUCAACUUAUCUGUACUUUAUUAAAAACUGUCAUGCCUAAAAAUGGAUAUUGUCACUGAAGAAAGUAUGAUGAAAUUAGUCAUAAAUGUUGUUUUUCUCCACUGUGACACAAAAAUAUAUUAAAAACUAUGUGCCCCCUGCAAUAACUCAGUGGCCCCCCCAAGGGGAGUCUGCCUUCCACUUUGGUAACCACUGAUCUUUAAAAGAUCCUGCGGCUGCAGGAAAUAUUGCUGCUGCUCUUCCUUAAUGCCUCCUCUUCAGCCUGACUUGUAUGCGCUUGAGUCCUUCUGUUUGUAGCCUGUGUGUGUGUGUGUGUGUGUGUGUGUGUGUGUACAUGUCAGAGACUCGGCUCGCUGAAGAGAUGGCCUGCCAUCUGUAAAUUGGUGUACAGGUUUCUAAAUGCACACGGUACUGUCAGCCUACCUCUCGAUCCAGAUCUUCAGCGAUGGUGGGAGGAGUUGUGGUAAAUGCCAUAGUGUGAGUGUGUUUGAAUCCAUAGAAACGACAUGGUUUUGAUGUGAUGAUAGUAGAGGUUUGGUUGCACUUUUAUCAUGUGAGCUGUGUGAGAUUCACAACAUACAACAUACUCCUGUGUAGUGUGUACAUGUAUGCCUUCGCUCUAGAGACAGCCCUAAGCUUUCACUGUCUACAAUUGGGGAAAAAAAUGGGAUGUGCGUUUUCUGUGAUACUGAGUCUUAGUGUGUUGGUCUAUUUUUUUUUUUAAACAUCUUUCUCAUGUUACGUUUUAAGCGUAACGGUAACAUUUCCAAAAACAGAAUACAUUUUGUUUAUUCACAUCCAGUCAUUGUCAUCUGAUAGCAGGAAAUCAGCAAAGUAAAAUUUACCCAGAAUGCAUAGCCUCAAAACUCUUAUUUGCACUGGAUAUGGAUAUCAAUUUUUAUGUAUUUAUUCUAAAAUCAAAACCCUUUUCUCAAUCAGGUUGGUUUGGUGUCUUUGCUAAUUCUUAAUCCAAUCUAUCUCACAAAUUUCAACAAACGACCAGAAUAUGGUCCUUUUUUUUUAAUGUCUGUGUGAAGAAGAGGUGAAGCUGUGAAAACAGUUGUACCUUUUCAUGUCUUUCUGAUCCGAUGUUAAAGAUUAUAAAGCCCUGCUAGUGCAGUUUAGCAAGUGAGUAUAUAGAUGUACUCAGUGGGGUAAUGGAAAAAAUAAAAAAAGUUCAUCAAACGUGUGAUAAGACAAUACAACUAUACUGGAACUUGGAAAAUAAUACUUUUUUUUUUUUUUUGGUUGAGCGUUUAUUGUAAUGCAGUUUCGGAGAACGUUAACAUGAUGAAACAUUCUGUAAUGGCUAUGUAACUCAAAUAAGUUUACUAUUUCCAGGAUAGAGAAUUGACUUAUUAUGAUGCUAAUGCCAGUUUCUUAUUGUGAUGAGAGCAAAAGCUGUAAUAUCCCAUUACCUUGUAACAUCCCUGACAGUUGAAUGCAUGGAUGAACGUAUCUCUGCUAUUGAAUGCUAACAGUAAUCUGUUUUCAAUGUGUGAUAUUCGUUUAUAUAAAUGGUUUCUUUAACAACUGUUAAAUAAGGAAUGUGCAUUGUAUUUGUUAAGGGGGAGGGUUCAAUGGAUUUUUGUACGUUUUUUGGGCGUUUGUAAUUCAAAUUUUGAAUAAAGAUAAUAUGAAUAAGAAA